AUGUCUGCAGCUCCCGCCAGCAAUGGGGUGUUUGUCGUCAUCCCACCCAGCAACGCCAGCGGCCUCCGCCCGCCCCCAGCCAUUCUGCCCACCUCCCUGUGCCAGCCUCCCGGGAUCAUGCAGUUCGAGGAGCCACCGCUGGGGGCGCAGACGCCACGGGCCACCCAGCCGCCCGACCUGCGGCCCGCGGAGACAUUCCUGACAGGAGACCCCAGGGCUUUAGGGACGGUCCAGAUCCUCAUCGGCCUCAUCCACCUGGGCUUCGGCAGCGUGCUGCUCAUGGUCCGCCGCGGCCACGUGGGGAUGCUCUUCAUCGAAGGCGGCGUCCCCUUCUGGGGAGGAGCCUGCUUCGUCAUCUCGGGGUCCAUCUCAGUGGCAGCCGAGAAGAACCACACCAGCUGCCUGGUGAGGAGCAGCCUGGGGACCAACAUUCUCAGCGCCAUGGCGGCCUUUGCCGGGACGGCCAUUCUGCUCAUGGAUUUUGGCGUCACUAACUGGGACGUGGGCAGGGGCUACCUGGCCGUGCUUACCAUCUUCACCGUCCUGGAGUUUUUCAUCGCGGUCAUUGCCACCCACUUCGGGUGCCAAGCCACCCGCGCCCAAGCCCACGCGCCUGUGAUUUUCCUGCCAAAUGCCUUCAGCACAGACUUCAACAUCCCCAGCCCCGCAGCCUCUCCGCCCCCCGCCUAUGAUAAUGUGGCGUAUGCCCAAGGAGUCGUCCGAGUAGAUAGAUGGUCGCUCUGGGGGUUGGAGUCCCGCCUCCCCUACCCUCCACCCCCCACCCGCGCCAUCCCGAGCCCGGCCUCUCCCCACCCCCACCUCGUUAAUCUUGGGGCGGCCCUCGGCCCCAAUCCUCACAUGGUGUGGCACCGAGUGGAGACCCUGGGGAUGUCUGUCCCACACAUUUCCCGCAGUGGUUUAUUUCCUUAAAAAGCUAGCCGAUGUCAAGGGUGUGUGUCCUUCUGCCCUGCCGAGCGCCGUCACUAUCAGGAAACACCCCCAUGUGCUGCUCUGCAUUUCUCUCUCCUCGUUCGUGGAAACCCUGGCCUCACAGGGAGACGGGUUCAAGGGCCGCCCUGGCCCUCAGGCCUUGGGACGGUCGUUAAGCUCAGAGACGCAGAACCCUCCAGUGAGGAGUCCUGAGUCCAGCUGCAGAGGUCACACAGCUGGCAGUGGCUCGGCUUCGGGUCCCCAGGCCGUAGGACCGGCUCUGUCCUUUGUAAUCUGCUGCUCCGUCUUUGGGCCUCAGUUUUCCUGCCUGGAAACUAAAGGUUGAACCAGAUGACAUUGAAGACCCUUCCAGCUCCCCUGCCUCUGGGAAACGUUUGGAGGCCCUAUUCACUCAGCCCUGCCCACGCCCCAGGGCUGCGGAGGUUGCAGGGGAGGGCUGAGUCCAGCCCACGGCAUCCUGGGCAGCAUCUACAGGUGCACAGCGGUGGUGGCCCCUACCCCUCGGAGGCUCAGGACCUCCCUGGGGCUCUCAGUGCUCCCACCCUCACCCCCUAGCCUGAGGAGAGGGCUGCCUCUGAAGGUACCAUGA